GAUUUCAUACCACUUAAUGAAAAUCUUUUUCUCUAUUUCUAUGACUCUUAACCAAAAAGCAAUGUAAGAAGUGAUUUUGUGCACUGCACUGCAUAGCAUUGGAUGGAGGUGGAAGCAGCAGAAGCAGACUUCCCUUCACCGGAGGAGCCUCAUCGUCAGCGCCGCUCCAUCUGCUCCAACUGCGACCGUCCCAGUCGCGUCUGUCUCUGCCACGCGCUUCCACUUCCUCCAAUCCAAACCACCACCCAAAUCCUCAUCAUCCAACACCCCCACGAGGCCCGCCACAAGCUCUCCACCACCCCCAUCCUCACCAAGUCCCUCCUCCGCGCCUCCUCCCUCACCGCCCGCCGCCUCCGCCGCGGCCUCUCCCCCCUCCUCGACCGCUCUCCCCCUGCCCUCUACCUCUUCCCCUCCUCCGCCUCCGCCCUCCACAUCUCCUCCCUCCGCCCCUCCUCUGGCCUCGUCCUCAUCGCCUUCGACGCCACGUGGCAGCACGCGAGGGAAAUGGUGAGCGCCAGCGAGGAGUUCCUUUCUAAAUUCGCAACUAGGGUUUGUUUGGGCAUCGAUGAGAGCUCCAGCGGCGGGAGCAUUUACGAUUCCGAGUUGGUUUUAAGGAAGGAGCCUUCUGCCGGGUGCGUGAGUACCAUGGAGGCUGUGGCUAGGGCACUGCGCGUGCUCGAGCCCAAUGGGGUCGAGAUUGAAGCGAGGUUGGUUGGGGUUUUGAGGGAGAUGGUCAGGUUACAGGCUGGGUUUUUGAAGCCCGUGAAGCCCAGGCCUAAGUUGUUGAAGAAGAAGGAAAAGAAUGAGGGUUCUGAUCAAGUUUCUUCAUGAAGCUUGGAUUUCACAUAGAAGAAUUGAGAUGGUGAGAAUAUGGGCUUCUGGAACUAAAGUGGAUUUGACUAACAUAGCGUUCCAACCAUUUGUUCUCUGUUGAGUGCUUUCCUUCAAUUCUUCAUGAAUGCAUGACUUAAUUACAAUUUCAAGAAUAGGAAGGGAAAAGAACAAACUUAGCUGAUCAAAAUUAAUAUGAAUGUGAAGAGUAGGUUACAUGAGAGAAGACUGCAAACCAUUUUUGACAUGCAAGACUGCCACAGGUAUUGUCUUUAACUUUCUACUCAUUCUAAUUGUACAUUCCUUCUGUAUAUAUUUCAAUCAUUCCAAAGACUGAUGGGGUGCUGGCAACCUUCCUGACUUAUGUCGUGUUCCACUCUUCAUAUAUCAAUUUAUGUACGCAAAACUUGUUCUUUUGCUUUCUUGUUGUUGAACAAGGGAUGGAGUCAUUGCAUUUAAUAAGUCAUUUAUAGAUAGUUUCAAACAAGUUUUGAAGGGAAGAAGAUUGGAGAGGACUGAUCGCAAUAUAUAGAGAGACAGUUUUAUAUAUAACUUGUAAUAAUGUAGGUUAAUUACUUUGUAAGUUAAUAUUUUUCCAAUAGAGUUAAAAAUGAAUAUUUAUCUUAAGAAAAAAAGAUGCAAGGAAACAAAUUUGCUCCGUAUAAGUCAAAAUCAACUUAGUCCUAAAAGCCCAGAUUCUCACCACUAAUUUAUCACAUGAGAUAUCAGCCAGAUUCAUGAUUUGUGAAAAUGAAAAAAAUAUAUCAACUUCAUGAAGUAGCAGGGGAACUGGUUUCUUAGGUAUCACACCUGGCACACUCUUGAUGGGAUGAGGAUUCGUCAUUCAUAACAAACUGGGGCCUGAAAAUGAGAACUGACUGAUAAAAAACUAAAAAAUGAUACCAUGGUUGGUCAUAGAUGUCUGUCAUCUGCACCAUCAUAAAAACAUGUCACCAACGCUGCUUGUUACAAUCACCAGUGGAUGAUUGAUAUUUAAAGCUCAGUUUCCAUGAAGGCUCCAGAAUAGCACAGCAAACUAUAGAGGAACUAAAUUAUACGCAUUGGGGUCAUCUGAGGAUGACUUAAGCUUUAGUUCCAUUGACAUUGGAACUACUGUAAUGGUAAACAAAUUGCAAAAUCCACCCAUUCCUAAACACUUGACUUUGAGCUCCUUCUGUACACUGAACAGUUGGAUCAUUACUAAUAUGAUAAUGAGUUGAGUUGGAUCCA